GAAGCAUCUUUUUACGAGUAGGGGGGCCUAGAAUCUAGUCACUUGGUUAAAAUGACCAUUAGGCCUACACGAUUUUGCUUCCGCCGUACGUGAUCAUGUCGGAUGCUGUUGAGAUUAUGAAUGAACUAGUCUAGAUGUAGAUUAGAUCUACUUCUCCAGUAAUCUCAGUUUACUUUUAGACCUUGAUGUGAUCUAGAUCUAUGCUUUUGUGAUCUGCCGCUUGCUGUUCAUUUCUGAGAUGCUGUCCAGCAUGGAGGUUGAAACAGAUGUGUUAUCUGCAGUUUCAUCUACAGUUUCAUCUACUGUAGAUAUACAGUCAAAUGAAUUAACAGAGUUUUCAUCUUCUGAAGAUUUGAAACCGGAUCUAUCAUCCAUAGUAUUAUCAUCUUCUGAAGACAUAAAAACAGAAUUAACAUUUUUUAAUUUCCAGGAUAUAAAACCUGACAUGACAUUUAAAAACCCUCAAGAUGUUAAACCUGAUGUUACACCAGAAUUUUCUACUUCUGAUGACAUAAAACCAGAAUUAUCAAUUUUUAAUUUCCAGGAUAUAAAACCUAACAAGUCAUUUAAUUCUUCUCAAAAUUUUAAUCAUGAUAUUACAUUUUCAAUUGAAGAAAUUAAUAAGAAACCUGCAACAGUAGCAUUUUCAACAUCUGAAAAUUUAAAACCAGAAUUGUCAACUACUGAAAGUUUAAAACAAGAUUUGGCUAAAGAAUUUUUAUUUCUUGAGGACAAACAACAAAAUGGACUUGAAGAAAAUCUACAAAUGUCUAUGGACAAAAAUAAGGUUGUUCAUUGUCAUCAAAUAUUUUCUCAAAGUUCUAAUAUUAAUAUGCAUAAAAAUGUUCAUUCUGGAGAUAAGCCAUAUGAAUGUGAUGUUUGUCAUGAAAGGUUUACUCAAAGUUCUACUUUAAGAACACAUAAAAAGAUUCCUUCAGGAGAAAGGUCCCAUGAAUGUGAUGUUUGUCACAAAAGAUUUAGAGCUAAGAAGAGUCUAUUACGACAUAAAAAGAUUCAUUCAGGAGAUAAACCACAUGAAUGUGAUGUUUGUCACAAAAGAUUUAGUGCUAGAAAGGGUCUAUUACGGCAUAAAAUAGUUCAUUCAGGAGAUAAAUCACAUGAAUGUGAUGUUUGUCUGAAAAGAUUUUCAUAUAGUUCUAAUUUAAGAGAACAUAAAAAAGUUCAUUCAGGAGAUAAGCCACACGAAUGUGAUGUUUGUCACAAAAGAUUUAGUGCUAAGAAUAGUCUAUUACGACAUAAAAAAGUUCAUUCAGGAGAUAAACCACAUAAAUGUGAUGUUUGUCUGAAAUGAUUUUCAUUUAGUUCUAAUUUAAGAGAAUUUUUAUUUUCUGAGGACAAACAACAAAAUGGACUUGAAGAAAAUCUACAAAUGUCUAUGGACAAAAAUAAGGUUGUUCAUUGUCAUCAAAUAUUUUCUCAAAGUUCUAAUAUUAAUAUGCAUAAAAAAGUUCAUUCAGGAGAUAAGCCGCAUGAGUGUGAUGUUUGUCAUAAAAGGUUUUCUCAAAGUUCUAAUUUAAGAACACAUAAAAAGAUUCAUUCAGGACAAAGGCCUCAUGAAUGUGAUGUUUGUCACAAAAAAGUUAGUGAUAAGAAGGGUCUAUUACAACAUAAAUUUAUUCAUUCUGGAGAUAAACCACAUGAAUGUGAUGUUUGUAAUAAAAACGUUGUGGAUAUGAAGGAUCUAUAAUGUCAUUAAACUGUUCAUUCUGAAGAUAAGCAAUGUGAAGUUCUAAUUUAAGAACACAUAAAAAGGUUCAUUGAGGAGAAAGGUUACAUGUUGUAAUGUUUGUCAUAAAAACUUCAAGGUUAAGAUGGUUGUAUUAAGAAAUCAAAUUAUUUAUUCAGGAGAUACGCAAUAUGAAUGUGAUGUUUGUCUUAAAAGAAUUUUCGAAGUUCUGAUUUAAGACAACAUAAAAAAGUUCAUUCAGGAGAAAGGCCACUAGAAUGUAAUGUUUGACAUCCAAGGUUUUCUCAUAUUUCUUGUUAAUCUUCACACACAAAAUUUUUUUUAUAGAGAAAAGCCACAUGAACUUGAUAUUAGUCAUAAAAAGUUGACUCAGAAGAAUAAUUUGUUAUGACAUGUGUUUUUACAGGUUAUGAGCCAUAUGUAUGUAUAAAAGAUUUUCUCAAUGUUCUUAUUUAAGUUCACUUGAAAAGUCAUUCAAGAGACAAGCUACAUUAAUAUUUUUUUUGCCAUAAAUGAUUUUCUCAAAGUCUUAGUCCAUAUGCACAUGAGAAAAAUCAAUCAGGAAGAGAAGCCACUUGAAUGUGAUGUUUAUUACUAAAGAUUUUCUCAAAUAUCUAAUUUUAAUACUCAUAAAAAAUUCAUUCUUGAGGUAAGGUAGGAAAUUCAUCAUGACUUAACACUAAUUAUGGGACGGAGUGGUCUAGCGGUAGAGAGCUGGACUGCUUACCCGUAAGUGUCGAGUUCGUAUCCGGGUUGAAGUCAGUAGACCGUCUCUGAGUCCCCACAACUUUGAUGGGUACCUAACUCACGUUAGGGAAAGUAAAGGCGGCUGGGCAUAGUGCUGACCACACUAUCUCUUCAUAUGCCAAGGUCACAGAAACAAGUGAACUCUACUUCACUUGCCCUAUAGACUGUCGGGUUUGGAAAGGGAACUUUUUUAACACCAAUUUAAUUCAUUUUUUAACAAAAUAAAUUAAUUCUAAAGCAAAUUAUAAUUAAAUAUCCUUUUAUAAUUUUUUCUCAUCACAUAACUUUAACUAGCUGUUAUCCAAUAGUGGGCCAUAGUUUAUCAAUUUUUAUAUUUGUAUUAUGAAAAGGUAUUUUUGUGGAAGAGUAUACGCAUGCGGCUCUUUUGAUGUCAAGAUUUGGCUCUUGUCUUGAGUUCCAUACACACGCUAUUUCAUUUUCAAAACUCUUAACAAAUAUACUGUAAAAAAAAAAACCUUUAAAUGGGAUAAAAAUAUUCAGAGAACAAUGAGAGUAGGUGUGGUAGAAAAUGUACAGACAGCUGACAGCCACUUGGGCAUCAGACCUGUUUAAAAACAGGUGCAAAAACGAAAAAAGGAACUCCGAAGUUUUACUUUUGUAAGACAAAUCUUGAUUGGCUGUAUGGAUCUCUGAGAUCGAUCCUCUCAAAAUUACACUUAAUAAAAAUGUUAUAGUAUUUAAUCUGUACUCAAAACUUUGUCAAUUAUUUAAGUCAAUACAAUUUUUAGGGGCCUAAAUA